GGAAAGUGUGCGGGCGGCUGCUUCCGGUGUGGUGGAGCUCUGCUCAGGUUCGCAGCGUGGUUUGUGUCAUGAGGAGCUAGGCCUCUGAGAGCAAGGCGGGAGGUGAGGAGCCAAGGACCCGCGUCCGGACUCGAGAGUCUGGAUUCUAGCAGGAAGACGGGACAAAAGGGAGCCAGGAACCUGAAACGACCUAUCCGCUGUUUCCGAGGGGGCAACUUCCACGAGGAACCCCCCUUCCCUGGUAACGGCCAGAAAGGAGGAGAUGGCGCCAGUCAGGGAGCGGCUGUGGCCGAGGCAGUGAGGAAGCGUGAGAGGCGGAGCAAGAGGGAAGCCUUGGGAGAAGUGUCGGAGUCGUCGCUGUCACCGCUGCCGCCGCCACCAUGGAGGGAGCCAAGCCAACCUUGCAGCUCGUGUACCAGGCAGUGCAGGCGCUUUACCACGACCCGGAUCCCAGCGGAAAGGAGCGCGCCUCGUUUUGGCUUGGGGAGCUGCAACGUUCGUCUCUUUGAAAUGUGCUGCUAGUGGGAGCUGCAGCUUCCUCCUGCUGACUCUGAGCCCCAGGCUUCGGUUGAGAUGGCCCUUUGAGAAUGUGGAGCUUAGUCCAAGCCUGGAUUUCAGUGGGUAGCACCUGGCAUCUGUGGCUAGAAAGUCCUUGAAGUGUGCAUGCAUGGGAGAUUUCUGAUCAGUUGUUACAGAUCCGACAGGAUGUGGAAUCAUGCUAUUUUGCUGCUCAGACCAUGAAAAUGAAGAUUCAGACCUCAUUUUAUGAGCUCCCCACAGACUCUCAUGCUUCUUUAAGGGACUCAUUGCUAACUCACAUUCAAAACUUGAAAGACUUGUCACCUGUCAUUGUAACACAGCUGGCUUUAGCAAUAGCAGACCUUGCCCUACAGAUGCCUUCUUGGAAGGGAUGUGUACAAACGUUGGUAGAAAAAUAUAGCAAUGAUGUAACAUCUUUGCCUUUUUUGCUGGAGAUCCUUACAGUGUUACCUGAAGAAGUACACAGUCGUUCCUUGCGAAUUGGAGCCAACAGGCGCACAGAAAUUAUAGAAGACUUGGCCUUCUAUUCUAGUACAGUAGUAUCUUUGUUGAUGACAUGUGUAGAAAAAGCAGGGACUGAUGAGAAGAUGCUUAUGAAGGUCUUCCGCUGUUUGGGAAGCUGGUUUAACUUGGGAGUUUUGGACAGUAACUUCAUGGCUAAUAAUAAGUUAUUAGCACUCCUUUUUGAAGUUUUGCAACAGGAUAAGACUUCAUCUAAUCUACAUGAAGCUGCUUCAGACUGUGUGUGCUCAGCUCUCUAUGCUAUUGAAAAUGUGGAGACCAACUUGCCAUUGGCCAUGCAGCUUUUUCAGGGGGUCCUGACAUUGGAGACUGCCUAUCAUAUGGCUGUGGCACGUGAAGAUUUAGACAAAGUUCUGAAUUACUGCCGUAUCUUCACUGAACUGUGUGAAACUUUCCUGGAAAAAAUUGUUUGUACUCCAGGCCAAGGUCUGGGAGACCUUCGAACUUUGGAACUGCUUCUUAUUUGUGCAGGCCACCCUCAGUAUGAGGUAGUAGAAAUUUCCUUUAACUUUUGGUAUCGACUAGGAGAACAUUUGUACAAAACCAAUGAUGAGGUUAUUCAUAGCAUCUUCAAAGCAUACAUUCAGAGACUGCUUCAUGCCUUGGCUCGACACUGCCAGUUGGAGCCAGACCAUGAGGGAGUUCCUGAAGAGACUGAUGACUUUGGGGAGUUUCGAAUGCGAGUGUCAGACCUGGUGAAGGACCUGAUCUUCUUGAUUGGUUCUAUGGAAUGUUUUGCUCAGUUGUAUUCUACUCUGAAAGAAGGCAACCCACCCUGGGAGGUGACAGAAGCGGUUCUCUUUAUCAUGGCUGCUAUAGCAAAGAGUGUUGAUCCGGAGAACAAUCCUACACUUGUGGAGGUACUAGAGGGUGUUGUCCGUCUCCCAGAGACUGUACAUAUGGCUGUGCGGUACACAAGCAUUGAGCUGGUUGGAGAAAUGAGUGAAGUCGUUGACCGAAACCCUCAGUUCCUGGACCCUGUAUUGGGCUAUUUGAUGAAAGGCCUGUGUGAAAAGCCUCUGGCUUCUGCUGCGGCCAAAGCCAUUCAUAACAUUUGUUCAGUUUGUCGGGAUCAUAUGGCUCAGCACUUUAAUGGACUUCUAGAAAUUGCCCACUCCCUUGAUUCUUUCAUGUUAUCUCCAGAAGCUGCUGUGGGUUUGCUAAAAGGAACAGCUCUUGUCCUAGCAAGACUACCUUUGGAUAAGAUUACUGAAUGUCUUAGCGAGCUGUGCUCUGUUCAGGUUAUGGCAUUAAAAAAGCUGUUGUCUCAGGAGCCCAGCAAUGGCAUAUCUUCAGAUCCCACUGUGUUCUUAGAUCGCCUGGCAGUAAUAUUUAGACACACCAAUCCUAUUGUAGAAAAUGGACAGACUCAUCCAUGCCAAAAAGUCAUACAGGAAAUAUGGCCAGUUUUGUCUGAGACGCUAAAUAAGCACCGAGCUGACAAUCGGAUUGUAGAGCGUUGUUGCAGAUGCCUGCGCUUUGCUGUUCGUUGUGUAGGCAAAGGGUCUGCAGCUCUACUACAGCCACUAGUCACACAGAUGGUGAAUGUGUACCGUGUACAUCAGCACUCCUGUUUCCUGUACCUCGGCAGUAUCCUUGUGGAUGAGUAUGGCAUGGAAGAAGGCUGUCGGCAGGGGUUAUUAGAUAUGCUCCAGGCGCUAUGCAUUCCCACCUUUCAGCUCCUAGAACAACAGAAUGGUCUCCAAAAUCAUCCCGACACUGUAGAUGACCUAUUCAGGUUAGCCACCCGAUUUAUUCAGCGUAGCCCUGUCACCUUAUUGAGGAGCCAAGUAGUCAUCCCAAUCUUACAGUGGGCCAUUGCGUCUACCACCUUAGACCACCGAGAUGCCAACUGUAGCGUCAUGAGAUUCCUUCGAGACCUUAUCCACACAGGAGUAGCAAAUGAUCAUGAAGAAGAUUUUGAAUUGCGAAAGGAACUGAUUGGACAAGUGAUGAACCAGCUUGGGCAGCAGCUUGUAAGCCAGCUGCUGCAUACGUGCUGCUUUUGUCUACCCCCGUACACCCUGCCAGACGUGGCUGAAGUGCUCUGGGAGAUCAUGCAGGUCGACAGGCCGACUUUCUGUCGGUGGCUAGAGAAUUCCUUGAAAGGUUUGCCAAAGGAGACAACUGUGGGAGCUGUUACAGUGACACAUAAACAACUUACAGAUUUCCACAAGCAAGUCACUAGUGCUGAGGAAUGUAAGCAAGUUUGCUGGGCCUUGCGAGACUUCACCAGGUUGUUUCGAUAGCUCAAGCUCACACUCCUGCACUGUGCCUGUCGUCCAGGAAUGUCUGUUUUUAUUAGAAGACAGGAAGAAAACAACCCAGACUGUGUCCCACAAUCAGAAACCUCCAUUGUGGCAGCCGGGCCUUCGCUGCUGCCAGACAGGGAGAACCUUCCAUCUCCCGAGCCAUCCUGAGGAGCCCGUUUGGGGUGUGAGGGAGAAACAGCGCGGUUUUUAAAGAUGGCUGCAGCCUGUCCGGCGUGGUGGGACAAGAACUAGUUUCCUGGUGAACUUCUUCUUUCUAAAAGGAAAAAUAAUUUAAGGAAAUUUUAAAAAGAAAAAAAAAAGGAAAGCUGAGAUGUGACCAGAACUGUGACACUCACCUGGUAGCAGAUGACGCACACACUGAUAGACACACACCAGCAUGCAGGGCGCACACAGACAUACACAUGCCAGCGAGAACUGUCUGAGACAGGCACCCUCCCAAGGGAAACGCGGGGGUUCGAAUGAGGGACACAGCUACAAUUGGAAUUGAAAAGCAGGCCAUCCCUCCUCUGGUCUCCUUCCUUUAAACACGGUGAACAGACGGAGCAUACGCACACCCCAGCUGCCCCACCUCUAGAGACGGCCAGACAAGGAGCCUGGUCCGCUUUAUGUCACGGUCAGGGAUGAUGGAACUCGCCAGGGCCAAAGUUGCUAUUCAUGUGGAGCCCAGCCCUGACCCUGUUGAGUUGCUGGGUCCACUCCAGUUCACAUGAGUUGUCAUCAGCCUUGGGAGAAAAUCCAAAGCUGGGGCGGGUGGAGAGGACACAGAUGUGCAUUCAAUCUUUGUUCUUCUUAGUGAAUUACUCAUCCACAGACAUAGGAGGGGGCAAGAAACAAAAAGAAGGUAUGGAGGAAAUGUAUUUACAGGACUACUGUAUUUUGCUAAAAAGUGUGAAAAUUAAUUGACUUCUUGGGACAUGAGGCUAGAGUGGGAAACCCAGAGCAGAUCUUAAUGAGGGAGUGUGGUCUUGCAUUGCCAUUACAUUACAAGGGCACUGUUCUGUCCUGUGGUGUAGCCAUCUCAAGAAUAAAUCAACAGCACCAAAAAAAAGAAAAAAGAAAAAAAGACAGAAAAAAAUAAAAACCAAUUUUUAAAAUUUUA